AGGGUUAAGUUGUUGUGACAGUUUUAAGAAGUAAAACACUGAUUUUUGACCUUUUAUUAUGUCAAAAAAAAAUUUAUGAGAAUAAAACGGAAUGUUGACGGAGAAUGGGGAAGGGAAAAAAACCCAUGUGUUGGCAAUUUCAAAAGAUGUUUAAUAUAGUUCAAAUUUUGGAGAAAUGAAACAAUUACAUUUUUUUCUCAGCAUCAGCCUUUUUUUAACCUCAUUUUACCACCCACAAUCAAGAAAAGAAGUGUAAAAUUUUCAACGGGACACUGAUGUUUUAGGAUGCAGCCGCUGGCUUUACUUGCUUUUCUUUGGGUGCUGCUUCCCUUUGCUUUCUGUCAGGAUGAUACAUGUGCGAUACAUGGGAGAGAUGGCGUGAGUGGAGUCCCUGGCAGGGACGGCUUACCAGGAACAAAGGGAGAGAAAGGAGUAUCAGCAUUGCAGGAUAUGCUGAACAGUAUCACCAUGCAAGAACUCAAAGGAGAGAUGGGCAUCAGAGGUUUUCCAGGAGAACCUGGUCCAAAGGGUUUUAUGGGUGCACAGGGUCCAAAGGGUUUUCUUGGUCCUAAGGGUCCUAGAGGAUCAAGUGGUGGCAUUGAUGGCAGUGGAGGCCCUGCCAGUAAGAAGCCAGCUUUCUCUGUGCUGCGAAACCGAGCAGAUUAUGCUUCAUAUAGCCAACCUGUGAUCUUUGAUAGUCAACUUAGCAAUGUCGAUAAUGAUUUCAACCUUAAAACUGGCUAUUUCACUUGCAAGGUUCCUGGGGUGUAUUACUUUGUGUUUCACGCAUCGUCUGAAGGACACUUAUGUCUCAGACUUAAGAGUAACAGGAAUUCAGUCAGCCUGAAUUUUUGUGACUUAAACCCACGAUCACUAUCUGCUGUUGUGUCAGGUGGUGCCAUACUUCAACUAUUUACAAAUGACAAAGUAUGGAUCGAGCCUUUCACAAAAAGUGCUGCUGGCAGCAAAAUGCCCAAAAGCAUGUCUGCUGUGUUCAAUGGAUUUUUAAUCUAUCACAAACCAUAGGACUUAAUAGUCUGCAUAUUAAACACACUGCAAAUAAUUAUUGACUGUGAUAGUGAUGUAUAGCAGUGAUGUAAGCAUUUCAAAAACAUGAAUGAAAAUCUAAUAAUCUGUUGCAAGCUGUAUUCAAAUCUUGUAUUCUUGUAUCUGGUCUUGUAUUAAAACUGCUUUGUUGUCUUUGAUAAAUGUCUCCAAUUAACUAAAUAAAAAGCAUAAGAACA